AUGUGAGACCUUCUGGGUUUCGGCAUCUGGACCGGGCUGAGGGCUCGGAGCCGAUGCUGGCGGCUGUGGAGGGAUGGCGCGGAGCUGGUGUCGGCGGUAGGCAGGGCAGGGCAGGGCAGGACAGGACAGGACAGGAGGCGGCUCGGCCGGAAGGGAAGGUCCGCCGCGGCCGGGCUGGGCUGGGCUGGGCUGGGCCGGGCCGGGCUGCUGCAGGCGUCGGCGGAGUGAAGCCGGGGGUCUCACUCACUCACUCUCACAGCGAAACGGGCGAGUCCGGCUGCAACAAAGUGAACGUACGCUCACCGAGAGAUUCGCGCUUCAGACAUGCCUCUCUUUAACGCCAAUCCAUUCGAUCAAGAUGUUGAGAAAGCAACAAGUGAGAUGAAUACUGCAGAGGACUGGGGCCUCAUACUGGAUAUCUGUGACAAAGUUGGGCAGUCUCGGACUGGGCCAAAAGACUGCUUAAGAUCCAUAAUGAAAAGAGUAAAUCACAAGGAUCCUCAUGUUGCAAUGCAGGCACUGACUCUGCUAGGAGCAUGUGUAUCAAACUGUGGCAAGAUCUUUCACCUUGAAGUCUGCUCAAGGGAUUUUGCAAGUGAAGUGAGCAACGUAUUAAAUAAGUCACUGCAGGAUACUGAAGAGCUCAGUUCGACAAAGGGACACCCAAAAGUCUGUGAAAAGCUUAAAGCCCUCAUGGUAGAAUGGGCUGAAGAAUUUAAGAAUGAUCCCCAACUUAGUCUUAUAUCUGCAAUGAUAAAAAACUUGAAAGAACAAGGAGUUACAUUUCCUGCUGUAGGUUCUCAGGCUGCAGAACAAGCAAAAGCAAGUCCUGCUCUGGUAGCCAAGGACCCCAAUGUAACAGCAAACAAAAAAGAGGAGGAGGACUUGGCAAAAGCUAUUGAAUUAUCAUUGAAAGAACAAAGACAGCAGCAGAUCAUGGUUUCCAGUCUGUAUCCAAGCACAUCAAGCCUUACCUCCAACAAACCUGAAGGACGGAAGGUGCGAGCCAUAUAUGACUUUGAAGCAGCCGAAGACAAUGAGCUCACCUUUAAAGCUGGAGAAAUAAUUACUAUCCUAGAUGACAGUGAUCCAAAUUGGUGGAAAGGUGAAACGUAUCAAGGUAUUGGAUUAUUCCCAUCCAAUUUUGUGACAGCAGACUUAACAGCAGAACCAGAGAUGUUGAAAACUGAGAAGAAAACUGUACAAUUUAGUGAUGAUGUACAAGUUGAAACUCUGGAACCAGAACCUGAGCCAGUUUUUAUCGAUGAAGAAAAGAUGGAUCAUCUGUUACAGGCACUGCAGAGUGCUAACCCCACUGAUGGUCAGCCAGACCCAACAGAUCUACUGCAUCUAGAAGGUAUCUGUCACCAAAUGGGACCACUUAUAGAUCAGAAGUUAGAAGAAAUUGACAGGAAGCAUUCUGAACUGUCAGAUCUAAAUAUGAAAGUGAUGGAGGCGCUGUCUUUGUAUGCUAAAUUGAUGAAUGAAGAUCCUAUGUAUUCCAUGUAUACCAAACUCCCAAAUCAGCAGUAUUAUGUGCAACCAUCGUCUGUAGCAGUCUCACAGGUAUAUUCAGGACAGCCUCCCAGUGGCACUUACGUAGUAUCUGGAACACCUCAAAUGGCUUCAGUCCAGGGUUACAGUCUUGCAGCUGAUCACAUUCCAUCACUUAAUCAGACUGGUCUUCCACCAACAGCAAGUUCAGCUAUGUCUACCCAGCAAGCUGUGACAUCUUAUACUAAUGCUAUGGCUGCAAGUACAUACAUAAGUCAGGCACCUGUCUAUAGUCAAACUCCCCCUUCAAAUGUCGACAUCUCUAGUUAUCAGAGUACAGGAUCAAAUGGACAACAGAUACCAAGCUACAGUGUUUCCUCGACAGCACAUGGCCAAGAAUCUAGCAGUCAACAACAAUCACCUUACUCACAGAAAGCACUUCUAUAGAGGAUAUGACAUUUCUCAUCAGAUUUGUCCUUUAACUAUUAACCCUUAACGCUGGUUGAGAAUGAACAGGCAGUGCUUUAAUUCACAGCAAUUAAAAUGUCAUCAAUAUGCACCAGUUGCACUGAACUUUUGUUUCUUCGAACAGAACCACCUAAUUCUAAAGAAGGACAAAUGGUAAGAUACCCCUGAAGAAGUAUCAUGAUGUCCCAUUUCAUGGGAUAAGAUGGAACUGAUAGCUGUUGUGUACAUAAUGUUGGUUUAUUGCAUUAGUAUUAAAUUUGAUAGCCAUAAGUGAAAAUGUGAAGAUAAACUGUUGCAGUUGAUAUAGAAAUUUAAUUCAUGGUGGAUUUCAAAUUAGAUUAUCGAUUUUUCUAGUAAUUUUAAUUUAUAUAUAUUUAAAAUAGAUAAUGUUUCAUCAUCCUUAUGAUGUGAAGGAUCAAAUCUACAUUGCCACAUUUUGCACUCCGAUUGGGAAAAAAAGGCUGCCUAGAUGCCUGCAAUGAUGCUUUGCUCAUUCUGGUCUAAAAGAGAAAGCCCAAAUGAGUUACAGGACUUUCUAUGCAUUUUGUUUUGCACCUUUUUCACCUCCAGUGAUUCUGUUUUGGCUUCUUUGUUUUAAACAUUGUUCUAACUUAAAAUGGGAUUUAUUUUUCAAAUGAAGAGUCAGAACUUAUUUGUGACUCAUUACAACCAUGUGCAGUUUAAUGCUCAGCAAUAUGAUGUUCUGCCUUCAUAUAAUGAUUUUGACGUUUGCAUCCUCCAAGAUGAUAGUCGAUACUCCAAGUUCGGAAUUUGAAGGUAGUGAAAUGUUUUUGUUUUCACUCCCAGCUUGUCUGGUAUCUCCAAGCCUGAACUUUUGAAACAAAGCAGUUCUGAAUUGUGUUACUGCUCGUUUCUUGCCAACUAUCAGUGACAGAAAUCACUAAUUUUUAAAAACAAACACAUGCAAUUGAUACUAUAUUAAAAACUGUUCACUUUAUUUAUCAUAUGUCUUAAUGGCCACAUAAGUGCACACAACUGAUGCUAUUUAGAAUAGCCUUCUGCCUUCUAUCCCAGUUAAGUGUCCUAAAUAAACAAAGAGAAUCCAGGCGAUUAGUUUUGUUCUUUAAGUGUUAUCCCAAAUAAAGUGGCUGCUCCAAUUAUCCAGAAUCCACUGAACUAGUGACUUUUUCCAUGUAACUCUAGGUCCAAAUGCCCACCCACCAAAGGCAAAACUAUGAAGCAAAACCUGCUGUUAACACUGUUUUGUAAUUGGAGUCAAUCCUUUUUCAUUGAUUAGGGUUGUUGGAUCUUAUUGCUUUUGCAAUAGCUGGAAAAGGUGAUGUUUAGAAUUAAUUGACAAUAUUCCAGUACUAACUUUCUUGGCCUACUGAAUUCUGUCACUAAGUUAAAGCAAUGUGACAUACCCCUUUUGUAAGAAGUAUCAGUACUGUUUAGAAACUUCCCAAUCUGUCUUUUGAAUUUGAGUUCUUUACUCACUGUUCUCAAUAAAGAGUAUUAUCUAUUUUCAGUGCAUAAAUGAAGUUGGAGGGGAAUGAGGAGAGGCAUAAUCAUAUUUGCAGACCGGUGGCAAUUUUUUUUUCUCUGGAAUUGCUCUUUAAAGGCACUACUCUCAUGUUAAAGUGACACCAUCAUAUUUCUGUUCCAACAUCAUUUAUCAUUCUGUAUGUAAAUUUAGAAAGUUGUUGGGCAACAUUUAACGAGAUGGUGCUGCUUCAAUCUAGUAUCUAUAACUGGAGGUGUGAAAUUUGCAAAUAUUUGCUGCAUUUACACUUUUUUAAAUUCUUGAAGUUGAUAUUGUUUGAUCUGAAAAUGGAAAACGAUCAUAUUUUUCACUCAAUGUAAUGCAAUACCAGCCAAAUGUAAUUCAAAAAAGUACUUUGGUUAAUAAAUAGUUUAACAGAUGUAAACUUUUUUCCUGGUUCAUCAUUAAAUCUACAAAAAUCAUCCAUGGUCCAUAACUCUGUAAAUAUAAUAUAAAUGUUUACCAUGUGCUAAUUGUAAAAUGCUGGUUCAUUUGUGUUCAGUUUCCCAUUUACAGAAGUAAACUUGUUAGAAAAUGAGCAAAAGAUCUGUAUGCAAGAUGUUAAAACCAUUUUAUUGAUGGAUACCUGAGUAUGUUUUGUCAUAUAGAGUUUUAAACGAUGCUUAUGCUGAUAAGAUCUGAAAGCGUGUUUGUAUAAUCUUUGACUUGUUAGCUGUCAAAUAAGUUGUAACAAGAAUGGCUGAAUUCAAUGCAAAAAUUAUAAGGCAUCUCAUAAGAUUCUAUUCUAUUGCAUGUCAUGGGAUCAUAAAGUGAAAAUACUGAAUCUUCAUUGAGAGGGUUUCACAGUUGACCUGUGACCAAUUAAAUAGUUUAAAUAAAUAGUUUAACAGAUACUGUUCUGAUGUCAGUGAAUUGAAAUAGUUUUGUCAAAAAGUUUAAUAGUUUUGGUCUUUGAGUUCCACUAUAAACUACCAGAGACUUAUUUUGUUUGUUCUACAGCCUCUCAGUCUUUUACACUUAGGUUUAUAAUACACUGAGAUGAUC